AUGGCGGAAAAUCCAAAGUUGGAUUCGGCUGCCACUGAAGAGAUUUAUGGAUUAGAAGAAAAAAUGGGUACCCAGAAAAUCUCAGUUUCCGAUCAUAUAAACGGCUUUCAUUACACAGCAGAUAAGUCUGACAGCUUUGUCAUUGAUAUGGAAAGCUUCUCCCAUGCCACCGAUAAAGAUAUUACUCCAAAUUCUAGAGUCUCGAUGCAGAGAAAUCUUUCUCGGAAAUGGUCUCAGCGUGAUGUGGAGAAGAAGAUAAAUUACAACGCCAUUUCAACUGAUAGAGAUGUUUUGGCUGGGGGAGCAUCUUCACCCUUAGGAUCUAGCACGCCUAAGUCCCCACUGGCUAUGGGGACCAUAGAUCAUUCGAGCAACCCGCAAGUCCAUCAUCAAAUCACCGUCACAGCAGCCAACAUUGGCACCACCACUGAUGGCAGAUGUGUUGUUCGGAGAAAUAGUUUCCGGCGCUCUUCAUCUUGGGCCAUCGACCCCAAGAGGGUUCUUUUCUUCUUUGCCACCAUGUCAAGCAUUGGAACAAUCUUGUUGAUAUACUUCACCCUUUCAAUUGCCAAGUACAAUGCAGAUGAAAGUCUAGAUUGGCAGCAGUGA